GGCGGGGAAGGGGCGUUUUCGGGGCCUACGGAGUCUUUUAGGUUUGGAGGAGGGGUGUGAGCGCGCGGCAAAUCGGGCGGGAAGAGGCAAAAAAGGAUUAGGGCGCGCACCGUAGCGGUUCCUGUUCUCACAGUCGCGCGGCCCAGGGACCGCUGUUGAGCGAGAGGAAGGCGGACGCCCAGGUCUGUCUUUUAAGCAUACAACUGGAUUUGGCUUAUUCAUUUUGAGAGUAUCUUUUAACAGGGCCAUUUCUGAACAGUAGAGGUUACAAUUACUCCACUGAACAACCAGUUCCAAAUCCUAUCAUCAAAUCCUAUAUGCUCCUGUUCCAAAUGGUAAUACUUGCAUAAUAUUUCUUUUAUUUUAAAAGAAAUGAGUGUAACUAAUAUUGCAUUAAGAGUUGAAACCUGGCUUUUAGCUACGUGGCAUGUUAAAGUACCUCUAAUGUGGUUGGAAGCUUGUAUUAACUGGAUCCAAGAAGAAAAUGAUAAUGUUAAUUUGAGUCAGGCACAAAUGAAUAAACAAGUGUUUGAGCAGUGGCUCCUUACUGACCUGAGAGAUUUGGAACAUCCUGUUUUACCUGACGGCAUUUUAGAAGUUCCAAAAGGAGAACUGAAUGGAUUUUUUGCUUUGCAGAUUAAUUCAUUGGUUGAUGUAAGUCAACCUGCAUAUUCCCAGAUACAAAAGUUGAGAGGAAAGAAUACAACGAAUGACUUAGUUACAGCUGAAACACAAGUAACCCUAAAACCUUGGGAAGCAAAGCCUUCACGAAUGUUGAUGUUACAACUAACUGAUGGAGUUGUACAAAUGCAGGGAAUGGAAUAUCAGUCUAUUCCAGCUCUUCAUAGUGAUCUUGCCCCAGGUACAAAAAUUUUGAUUUAUGGAAACAUUUCUUUCCGUCUUGGUGUUCUUUUAUUGAAACCAGAAAAUGUGAAGAUUUUGGGAGGAGAAGUAGAUGCCCUUUCAGAGGAAUAUGCCCAAGAAAAAGUACUUGCAAGAUUAAUUGGGGAACCUGAUCCUGUAGUUUCAGUCAUACCAAAUAAUUGUAACCAGACCAUCCCUGGAAUUACAGAUGUUCUGGAUCCUGCAUUAGGACCUUCUGAUGAAGAACUCUUGGCAAGUCUUGAUGAAAAUGAGCUUGCAGCAAAUAAUGACACCUCCUUAGAAAGAAGAUGCUUCAGCACAGGUAGUUCCUCAAAUACUGUUCCCACAAGACAGUCAAGUUUUGAAUCACGACAUAUUAUUUCUCCAAAACCAAAGGAGAAACAACCAAAUCAACCUAUGCAUUUCACUGAUGGGGAAUUAGAUGACUUUUCAUUGGAGGAGGCCUUGCUUUUAGAAGAAACUGUCCAGAAAGAACAAAUGAAGACUAAAGAAUUACAGCUAUUGACUUUGAACAGAACCCCAGAUGAAAGCAUAGAGAGAUUUUUACAUAAACCUAAUACUCCAAAUAAUUUUUCUUUGAUUUGCAAAAGUGGAAACCGUAAUUGGAAUGAAAAAAAUGUAUCCGAACAAGUGACUAAUGAAGACAAAUUAUUUAGUUGUCCAUCUGUUGAAGACAAAAACAGUAGCGUUUUUUCAGUUCAUAGUAAUGUACCCCUACCCCAUGAUUUUACAAAUAAAGAUAAGGACUCAGAGACAGGUAAUAAAGUAAAACAAACCUUCAGCAGUGCAGAUGGACAUUCCUUAAAUAAAAUAUCAAAGGGAGAGCUGGUAAAUUAUGUACCAAAAAGGAGUUCACACAUUUCUAGUGAAAAUAAUCAUCAUUUACAGUCUUGUUCUUUAAGACCAUCAGAGAACAACACUAAUCUUUCUAUUGCCAUGGAUUUGUAUUCUCCGCCCUUUAUCUAUUUGUCUGUCCUAAUGGCCAGCAAACCAAAGGAAGUUACAACAGUGAAGGUCAAAGCAUUUAUUGUAACCUUAACUGGAAAUCUUUCAAGUUCUGGUGGCAUUUGGAGUAUAACAGCAAAGAUUUCUGAUGGUACUGGAUAUCUAGAUGUAGACUUUGUGGAUGAGAUACUUACUAGUCUGAUAGGGUUUUCAGUACCAGAAAUGAAACAGUUAAAAAAGGAUCCUCUUCAAUACCAAAAGUUCCUGGAAGGUUUGCAGAAGUGUCAGAGAGAUUUAAUAGAUUUGUGUUGUCUAAUGACGAUUUCAUUUAAUCCCUCCUUGUCUAAAGCAAUAGUACUGGCAUUACAGGAUGUUGAAAUGGAACACCUUGAGAACUUAAAAAAGCGGCUGAAUAAAUAAUUUACUAAGAUAGUAUCAGAAAACAAUUCCAAAAAAAAAAAAAGAAAUAUUUAACAUUAAAUUUAACCUUUUAUGUUUGAGACUUUGUUUUGUAAAAGAGAAAAAGGAAAUUUUAUAACAUUUUAGUUUAAUUUUAAAAUGUUUAAUCAUGAAUGUGUAUUUAGGUUUCUUAAAUAAAUUUUUUUUAUAAUAACUGUUAGACGAAAGAAUUUGGUGACCCAUCGUUAUUGAGAGUUUUGUUUCUCACUUGUCAUUUCACAUAAUGAUUGCUAAAGUAUUGUGUUGGUGUUUACUGAUGUGUCAUAUUGUUGGAAGUUGGCAAUUAUAAAUAGAUAGUUGUACUUCUAAUGUAUUGAGUACCCAAAGAGAUUUUUUUAUAUUACUAUACUUAGGAAACAAUGUUAAUCCAGUGGAUUAGAAUGUCAGGCUCUCAGAUACAAAAAUACUUCUGCUGGUUUUUAUUUUGUAAAUAUUUGUCUGGUAUACUUAAGGCAAAUAUUAUAUUAACUAGGUACAAUUGCAGAGAUUAUGUUGCAUGGUUUAAACAUCUUAUUUUCAAGGAUAAUUUAUUUUGAAUUGUAUAUGGAAAACUUGAAUAUAAGAUUCAGUAAAUACUUUUUUGGGGGGGGGGUUAAAAUAAGGUGGUUGUCCAUGUCUUUAUGUACUAUCUGAAUUAGCUCAACAUGUAAGCUUACCUUUAGUUUUGUUGGGAGUAUUGUUUUUUUUGUUUGUUUUGUUUUGUUUUUUUAAUGGAGACGGUUUACCACUUUUCUAUUUUGCUGUUAAAAAGUCACAUUUGAGGGGUGCCUGGGUGGCUCAGUCGAUUGAGCGUCCGACUUCGGCUCAGGUCAUGAUCUCGCAGUUCGUGAGUUCAAGCCCCUCGUCGGGCUCUGUGCUGACGGCUCGGAGCCUGGGAGCCUGCUUCGGAUUCUGUGUCUCCUUCUCUCUGCCCCUUCCUGCUCAUCAUGCUCUGUCUCUCUCUGUCUCUCAAAAAUGAAUAAACAUUAAAAAAAAAUUUUUAAAGUCACAUUUGAAAGGUAAAGUUACUUUUAUUAAUCUUAUGUCUUUGCAAACUUAAAACAUUCUCAGUUUUUUUCUUUUAAAUGUUUUUUCUGAGAGAGAGAGAGCAUGAGCUGGUCAGGGGCACAGACAGAGGAUCGGAAGCAGGCUCCAUGUUGACACUAGAGCCUGAUAUGGGGUUAGAACUCAUGAACCACAAGAUCAUGACCUGAGCCAAAGUCAGAUUCUUAAUCAACUGAGCCACCCAGGUGCCCCAGUUUUUGUUUUGUUUUGUUUUGUUUUGUUUU